GUACAUUUCGGAACGCAGCCAAGGGUGACGCGGCAGUUGACGAGCGCAGCGCACUCACCGGAUGCUCACGAAACAAAAGACAGAAAGAAAAAAGACUCAGACCUUCUGAUAUCCCUGAUCAUCAUCUGAGGGCUUAUCCAAGAUCGUGGCCGAAAAAUCGGUGUGAGAAGAGUGCGUGAGGCCCUCGUGUAUACGAAAGAAGCGAGCAGCGAAUAAGCUCGUUAGUGUCUGUUACACGGUGGAAGCGAACUCGUGUGUGGCUAACAGUGAACGGACGAGGCGAGGCGAACGUUUUGGUGAUCAGAGGAAAGGUUGAAGGAUACAGCCAAGAACGAGAUUAGGCAUACGUAGUGUAACGCGGGGACAACAUGGCGGAGAGCUUGAACAAGUUGAUGGAGAAGGAGUUGAUCGAGCCGCUUAGGGAACACGAUCUAGAGGUGACGGAAAGCAGAGCAGUUCUAUCUGAAUAACUACGUAAGAUCCUAUAUCCCGAUGUAACAGCGGGUACGCAUGAAGAACCCAGUAGUGCAGAUACUAACGGUGAUAGUGGUGCAUCGAGCACACAAAAGAACAUAGACAGCGGACAUAAAUAUAUGUUUGCGCCGUGGUUGAGCAUGUACGGUCUUACACAUGACUUCGUAACAUUGAUGAAGCUAAAUGAGGAGUAUGACCUGUCCACGAAAGGUCCCAACAUAAAACAGAAACUGAUAACCAUAAAGGCGAUGAGGAGAGCAGACAACGACGAAGAUAAUGUAGAAGACGACGUAAGUGACAAGAAGUCGACAAUCGUCAGCCAUGAUCGAGACGAUCAAGAAGUGAGGGCGCUGAUGCAUGAUCAUGUCGAUAUAGAAGUUCGUGCCGCCGUGACUCCACCUAACGACGUAAGUGCAUAUUACGAGCUUCAACGAUGCUGGGACGAAGAUGGACAACCUUCCUUAUUGUUUGAGGACGUUGAGGUUGUGUUGGAAACUUUUAGUGGUGACGGUCUACGUGAGAACGUGAGAGAGUGGAUCACGUCACACAGUGGGACAGAAUACCGAAAACGUGGCCAAAAGUCGAAAAAUAAAGUUUCGAUUUAGGAGUUUUUAACUAUUGGGUUGGCUACAGUGAUAGUUUGACUUCCAAAUUUCACACACAGCAGGGUCCGAUCGUGAAAAUCUGAGUUUGUAGACCAGUUCUAAUGUGACCCUCGCAGGAGUAGCAUCUGUCGCAAACGAGAGACGAAAAAUAACGGUCUUUUCAAAAGUACGCCAAAACACGUGGAAUUAAUCAAUUUUAUGUUUGUAAAAUGGAAUCAUCUGUUGAUAGUAAGUAGAAUAUUAAUAUCUAUUACACAAACCAUAUUAACAAUAAACAAAAUAGCCGUUAACAAAUAAUUGUACCAAAGUUUGAAGUGAAAUUACGCAUAAAAAGUUUAGAAAUCGAGAGAAAAAGUUAAUAAUUCUGUAGAAUUCUGCGACCAACUUUAUUUUUUCUUGUAGGUCAUAUUAUUAGUUAAUAAAAUAAACAAAAAUUAGCUGCCACCAGCUGCCAAUCUGGUUUUUGCAAACAUUUAUAAUAAUAAACACAGAAAUACUCGUAUAUAAGCUGCUGCUUAAA